AUGUUGGCUGUUCUAUCACCUGCCAAGGCGCUCGACUUUGACUCUGAGGUUGAGGCUCCGACCACGAGUCAGCCUCAUUUCCUCGAGGCCAGCCAGUCGCUAAUUCACGUGCUCAAGCGCAAAUCCGCCGGCGAUCUCAAGAAGCUUAUGGGCCUCAGCGAUAACCUGGCUCAGCUGAAUCGGCAGCGGUAUCAGUCUUGGCGUUCCCACACCAUGGCUACUCAGGCAGCGGCGGGUGCAUUUCGCGAGUGCGGGCUCGCGUUUGAUGGCCCAGCCUUUCGAGGACUGAACUUUGCAGCACUGGACAAAGCCUCACAGCUCCACCUUCAAGAGCACCUAGUCAUACUCUCGGGCCUGUAUGGCGGGUUGCGUCCGUGCGAUCUCAUUCAGCCCUACCGAUUGGAAAUGGGCACCAAGCUGCCCGUGGAUGCCACUCGCGACCUCUACGCAUUUUGGGCCGCCAAAGGCCUUUCCGCCUGGCUGGCCGAGCGCGUUGCCAAAACCCCGUCCAAGAUUCUGGUCAACGUCGCCUCGCAAGAAUAUUUCAAAGUCGUCGACACAUCGGUGCUCCAAGAGAAGGGAUGCCAGGUUGUUGAGGUGGUUUUUCAAGAGGCAGGUCGUGUCGUAAGCGUCUUUGCCAAGCGGGCCAGGGGCUUGUUUGUGCGCCACAUGGCCCAGCGUCAGGCCAAGACCCUCGGCGACCUGCGUGCCUUCAAUGCCGAAAACUACAAAUAUGACGCAAAAGCCAGCACCGACAGUCGCCUCGUGUUCAACCGCACCAGCCGACCCACAGCCGCUGCAGCCUCAUCCACUGCAGCAAGCAAGCGCACCAAACCCACGAGCGCGCCAUCGGCCACUGUCACCAAAAAGGCAAAGCCCAGCCCUGCGCCCAAAAAACAUGAGCCAACCCAAGCACCCUCACCCCCUCCCGAGACCAGCCGCCGCGUCACACGGAGCUCUCGAAAGAGGUGA